CGCAAGAUCGCAUCCCCAUCGCAUCUGCGUGUGCAGCGCGUCACUGGCAGGUAGAGAAUACUGUGUGCCCCAUCAGUGUGAAUCACGGCGAGGACGAACAUUCCGGUUGAUUUGUCUGCUGAAAUUCCAGAGCCGGAGAUCAUAAGAGCUGCAGCAAACACAAGAAAAGGGCCUUGCGAAAAUACAGAGAGGUAUUGCCUUGUGCGGGCCACUGCAAAGGCACCCACAAGAUAAACUACAAAAAGGUUGUUCGAGCGCAAUCACGAUGAGUGAGUGCAGGGCUGUGGUCAGGGGCCAGAAGGGUUGUUGCCAGUGAUAUCCCGUCUCCAAACUACUGUAAAAUGAGUUAUCAUGCAGUGAGUAAUGGUGAUUGGGACGGAAAGCUAUCAGCACCAAAGAGCGCACUCGAGAAUGAUGUUCAUUAGCUGAGGGAACAGAAGAGCAAAAGUUAAUGUAUGAUCAAGCUUUCCAAGUAGAGAAACAAUGCCUGCCUUCCCCCCCGACAAAGCAUUGACUUCUAUACGCUCACAUCGCAAAUGUAUUGCUGCACAGACACCAACAACCAGAGUAUUUAUGAUGUUCUCUAAUAUGGGUGUGGAGUUCCCUACGUUGAGUGGAACCAAGGUUCUACGCUCCUCUUUUUGCUUGCCACUUUAUGCUGGCUCAUGCUUGAGAUCAGGAAUUCGACUUUUCUAACUAAUGUGCGACUUUCACUCGCAGCGAGCACGGGGCUGGAGAUUAUCGCCACGGGAGCUUCUACUUUGAAUCGCCGAGACUGGAAAACCGUCGAAUAAUCGGCCAAUCGCACAAGACCAUCUCUCAUGGCCUGUGUGUAUGGCUUGGUUGUACAUGUGUCAUUAUUUUAACUGGAUACGGGGGCUAAUUUCCGCAGGAUCGAGCGCUGGGAGAUUUCGAAACUGCGUGAGGGCUCAUUUGUUUCUGCAGUAUGUUGUCUCAUGAAAAGCUGCUCCCCCUUGUGUAGUAGCCACCUGAUCAUCUAGAGCAAUCAGAGCUCUCUCCGUUGUUCGUGGAAUGAAGGUUUUAUUCUCCAUGCUGGUGGUUCUCUGAACACCUUGCCGGGGGCAGCUAACGCCAAAGCAAAUUCGCGGCACCUGAGGGAAAGAUAAAAAAAAGAGUAGAAUGUAUGCUUUUCAUAGCCAGUACACUCUCUGAUGCUCGAAUUGAGGCCAAACUGUCCCCAUCACAGCGACCUCGACGUGGCAUUUCGUUUGGCUCGUUCCUGUCUUCCAUGCGAUAGCUAUUUCCUUUCACGACAGGAACCAAAAUGAAUGGCACUGACGGACAUGGAAGCCCUGAAUUCGGUGCGGACGGCCAUUCACGGUUAAUUGGCGGCGACUUUGAGACCGAAACGCGACAUGCGCACCAGAGUCAGAGCGAAAACAUCAAGGGUCAGCAGCUCGACCUCGCAGGAGAGCUGCAAGGCCACCAUGGUCACUCCAUUCACCGUCAAAUUCCCUCACGUACUUGUGCUUCUGAACGGUCGAAAUCUUCCAACCAUCUCCAUCAGAGGACAUCCUCAGAAGCAUGCGAUGCGUUUCCAAACGCGUACUCCAGAGAUCAAAUUUGUUGUCGAUCCGGCGAGGCCAGUCCAUUCAGAGGAACUGAAGGCUACGAAGAGCUGAACUGUGCUCAGCGGUUUUUUUGCCCGACGUUUUCGUGCGCUUUGCCGAACGAGGGCAGUAACAAUUUAGGAAUCGAUCAAGCCACAGACCCACAGACAGAGUCGGGUGCGGAAACCCCGUCGACACCACCAGCAAACUACGAAAACAACAGCUGUCACGACAAGCAUAGCUCUGCCAGCAGCCAGAAGCCCGGCUCGCGAGGCUCCUCCGCCACCCCAGUGUCGACACCCGCUUUGGGUUUCUCCAGCUCGGAGUCUGCAGAAAGAGAUGCAGGAGCGUUUGCCGAGAGCAGUGACGAAGAUGCGUUCUUUGGUGUCGUGGGCGGAUCGGUCCCGGGGAAACAUUACCGCUGCGUUGUACUCCGACGCGCGAUUGAAACGAUGCCCACGGACACCACACUGAGAUCCGAGAUAAACGACAGAGAUGAUGGCCGCAGUAGUGGAGCAUCGAUUUGCGAGGCGACUAGCACAUCUAGGGACGCUGAUCGUGACCUAGCAGAAACACUGACGAAACCAUCCUUUCCAUUCCAAGAUCUGUGCGAAAAAAACGUUCGAUUAGGUCUCUUUGAGGACCACCAGGAGCGUUAUGUGGACGACGUGUGCCUAGAUCAGAGCGGAAGAAGCCUGGAAAUUUUUCCAAACAGUACGACUGAUUACGAUGACUGGGCGCUACACCAUAGGGAGUUACCCAGACAAUCUUUUUCCAACAUAGUGGCAAACGCCCAUCCACCGAACGAAAAGGUAAGUCAGGAAGUGCAAACGCGACUUCCCGAGAGGGGUUCCAACGCGUCCGUUCCGAUUUCCAAGGCGACAGCAGAUGUGAAGACGCACACUAAACGAGCGGACAGGUGCCAGAGGGGGGUUCAGUGUGGUCUGACCAAGAAACUCGCCUCAUUUGCAUAUGAAGAGUUAGUCAAUCAGCACCGUCAGGUGCAGUAUCAAUUGGAAACUACAGUGGCGACGGUUCGGGUGCUCAGUGAGCAACUACGAGAUGCGCAGCGGCACAAACAGUCAGGUCUCCAACGGUUGGAGGAAAGUCUGUUAUUUGCGGAAGAACUGCAAGGACUUUUGGAAAAGAGAACCAGUGCGCUUUCAACCGUCCGCGCUGAUCUAGAGGAACAAAAGGAAACACUGCAACGCCGGACCGCAGAGCAGCAGACAUUCGCACGUAUCCAGCAGAGUGAAAAAGAAAACACUGACAGAGAACACCACCUCGUGGUAAGUGCACUUCAGGCGCAGUUGAAGCACACAGUAGCGCAGCUGGAGCAAGCGGAAGAAGAAAAACGACUGGAAGUUUCCAGAGAAGUUCGAAAAACGCUUGCCGCUAAGGAGCAUGCGGAGAAACUGGACCAGCAGUAUACCGCCGAGCUCCGCCACUUGCAGGCGCGUUACAAAGAAGGUGACGAAGCGAUAAAACAGGCUCGAGAGGAAAUUAACUUCCUUCGUGGGGAACUACGCGAAAGGGAAUCCCAGCACGCUCGGGCCCUACAUGACACCGAACUCCAGAAAGAUGCCGAGCGCGUACACUUGGAGGCCACUCAGAUGGCUACCACUUUAUCUAUUGAGAGAGAGCUCCUGCACAGAAGCUUGGAACUCGAUCGGCUUCGUGCGAAACUGGUACGUUUCGAACAGCGACUCAACUCAGUACAAAAAGAGCAUCUUCUAGAGGUUCAAGGUUUGAAGCAGAGCCACCAAGAAAAGCUUCAGCAAAUGCUUCUGGAGCACAGGCGAGCUCUCGACAGUCAGGAGAGGUACGCACAGCAGCUACGAGAGAUGGUUGCGAUGGGGAAAGAAGAUCUGGCUAGUGAAAAGGAGUUUCAGCGGCAGUUAUGGACAGACAAGACUGCCCGUUUGCAAAGUGACCUAGAGCAAGCGAAUGCUCGGGACAGACAGAGCGCGAAGACGAUUGCUGCACUCAAGUUAUCAGCUGAGUCGUACAAAAAGUUAGCUGGAGAGCUGCAGUCGGAAUUGCAAGACAAGAUUGCUAGAGGACAUCACCGAGAGGCGGAGCUUGCCAUUCUUCGUUGCGACAGGGAAGAACUUCUGCACACUCUUCAGACAUCAGCCGCUGAGUACCGGGCUUUCCGAGAAGAGGCAACUAUGAUGAAAAUGAAGCUGUUAAGUGCCAUCGACGACAAAGAAGAAACACUCAGACAGGCAGAAGCGCGUCUUGUUGAUGAGUUAACAGUCCUUCAGGCGGACAUGGCACAGCCUGCUGCGAACAGCGAGAGCUGCACACAUGCCACGGCACAAGCUACUCGCGCAAGCAACAGGGGCCCGGAAACGUCCCACCAAAUUAUGUGCGUCUAAGGUGGGGGAUGCGCUGGAAAUUAAGGCACGGUAGAGAUCUAGACUGGCGCCGUCGGACUUCCAUCCACACACGUACCCGGAACGGCAUGAGGCGGCCACAUGAGCAUUUUCACAAGACACGAGCACCUCCCCUUGAGUCCGCCGUAACUC